CGGCUGCAACUAUCUCCAGAAACUGGGUCCCGACCUCGCCUUCUUGGACGGUGUCCCCUGCUUGAAGCCCCGCCUUCGGGAGUUCCGCGCCGUCCAGGACCCUUUCCUGAAGAGCCUAACGCCGCACGGCAUACCAAUAGAGGAAGCCACUUCUCUAGACCUUCGGCGAGGGGGGCGCCUCAGGCCAGACACCCUAAGGCUGAGGAUGGCUUCCAAGGUUCUCUACAGGCACGAAGAUUCCCAUGAAGGUCCCAUGAGGCGCAAGAACGGUGCGUGCGAUUCGGAAAAUCGGGAAAUCUCUCUGAUCGUAUCAAAUUCGAGAAAACCGCGCUUGUCUCCUGUGCCCAAGUCAAAGGAGGAGGAGGAGGUGUCGCAUGAGGAUGUGGCCAUGGUGGAGCGCAUGGCUGCGGUGGCAAUUCAGAAGUAUGUGCGAGGAUGGGCGGCGAGAAGACAG